AGCUGUAAUUACGGUUAAAGUCUCACCGUCUGAACGUGGAUAUGGCCGGUUCUAGUGUCGGCAAAGCCAGGACUUGGUGCAGCCGAGUGAAUUUACACGUCUAUAAAAACGGAUCCGGCACUCGGAGGCUCUCGGGGGGUUCCGGUGACCGGCUGCAGGAAGUCCUGUUUGAUCUGUGUCGGCGCAGGCACUUUAUAACGGGAGACAAAUUGACAGAGGGGUCUCUUCUGAGAGGAAGCCAUGGCCUCGGGCCGCUAGGAAAGGAGCUGCAGAAAAACCUGGUGAACGGCUGGUGGGACUCGGUGGUUUUACGCAGAGACGACGUUCUAGCGAUUGACUCCCCGCAUCACGUCCCCCCGCAAACCACAUCAGGAACCCCGUUAAAGACAAUAUGGGGCGACAGCCGGAGGUCCCGGCUCCAAACCGGAGAUUUAACCAAAGAGCGGCCCGUCCCCUCGCUCCUGGACAGAGAAAGCCCCCGAUGGACGCUGAGAGGGGAUCUUCUCUAUGGUGCUCUCCAGCAAUACGUUCCGUGCCUGGAGCUGAUGAGUAAGAGGCUUCCGUUUGGCGUAGCGGAGAUCGGGAAGUGCUUUCAUCCCAUUCCUGGCGAGACGGACUCCGCGGAGCUCUCUGGGAUUGGAGAGAGGACGGCGGCGUCUCUGACCUGGUUCAGCGCGGCAAAAACUGCAGGCCGAUGGCGAGAUUACUGGCUGCGCCAGAGACUGCUGUGGUGGCAGAAGUUUGCCCAGAGCCCGUCCAGAUUCAGCGCCAUGGAGCAACCGGAGGGCCACAGCAGGACGACUCGAAUAUAUUAUCACUUCCCCUGGGGAAAGGAACCAAUUGAAAGUGUCUGCAGUAUGGAUGACUCCGCCCUCUUACAGAUGCACCCUGGGAGCACCAAGCUGCACGGCCGAGAUGGGAGGAAGUCGGUGACCCCGCAUGUCGUGUGGGUGAGCGGGGACCUGGAGCGCGGGGUUCUGGCCUGCCUAUCAGACGCCCUGCAGCCGGCAGAGAACCUGUCACCCCAAAGCAAGGACAGGAGAAGGGAGGUCCUGAAACUUCAUCCUUCGUUGGCACCGGUUAAAGUGGCCGUGGACAUGGGAAAAGGACUGGCCGUGGACCUGAGACUGGUUUGCCAGGGCAUUUCUGACGAGCUGCGUGGCAGUGGGAUCUCCGUGUGGCCGGGUUACCUGGAAUCCUUACAGACCCCCGUGGAGAAAGUCUUCGCAAAAUACGACGAGAUGGGAAUCCUGUUCACAGUCCUGGUGAGCGAGAAUACGCUGGAGAACGGGCUCCUCCUGCUGCGCAGCCGCGACACCACGUUAAAGGAGACCACGCAUGUGUCCAAGGUGCGCCGGUUCCUGGAACAGUACAUCGUGGCUGCCAAGAACUUGUGAGCCCGCAACACCCAGAGAACGCGCGCCACGGCAGCUGGGGCUGCGGGAAAGAGCUGCUGUCUGUAUCGUGGGGGAUCCGGAUCCUGCAGGGCAUCUUUCUGUACCACGCGGAACUCCACGUGGAUUCAUGGUAUGACCGCACCACGCGGCUCCUCCCUAAACUAUUUCACAAUGUAGAAGAACACGAAGU